CAUAUCAGAGUGAUGGCUUAGUCCAUAUAUAAUGUUUGCAUCUAUUGUGUUAGUGCAUUAUUUUCUGUUUUCUGUGAUUUUUUUAUUUAUUUUUAUGGAGUCGCAAAGAUCAGAAGUGGAAACAACUUGUGGUCUCCUCUGUGCACUGACUGCUCUGUACAGAUGGCUGAUAACUACUGACCACCGUGUUGGUUGCCCGGAUGUGGGUGACAAAAUGCUCUUCAGAGACACAGGAAAAGGCGUCAUCCUGAGAGAAGACCACCACCCAUCUUAUACUGAAGUGUCUGUAAGACCUGACACCAUUCUACAGCAUCUUAAGAAUCCCCGUGAGCAGCUAUAGACAUGAAGACUCCCGAUAACACCAAGAUCUGGACACCUUCCUGGAAAUUCCUGAUUAUUACUGUCCUCCUAGGAGCCAAUAUUGUUCUCUUCCGUAUUAUCGAAGCACUUGCUAAACACUCUGAAAUUCUGCAUGAGCUCUGUAUGAACAGCAGUAACAUGCCCGGAGUUUGUCAGCGCCUUUAUAACCACCAUCCAACAAAACAAAGUAUCACUGAAUGUAAAGAACUACGUCAGGAGCUCUGUGUGAACAAGGCUGACAAUGCUUCAGGUUGUCUUCUGUGUCCUAAUGGUUGGAUUCUACAUGGAGACGACUGUUAUUACUACUCAGAUGUAACAUACAGAACAUGGGACCAGAGCCGGGAUCAGUGUGAGAUGAUGGGAGCUGAUCUACUGGUCAUAAAGAACCAGGAACAGAAGGAGUUUAUACAGAGAGAUCUCAGACAGCGGAGAGAGGACACAUUCUGGAUAGGACUUCACCAUGAUGGAGACGGCUGGAGAGGGGUGGAUGGAGAACAUUAUAACAGCGGGCUUGAUCCAGAUAGAGACACGACCAUCAGGACGCUGUUUAUCAAUGACUAGAUCUGGUUAUUAUCAGGAGGACUGCAGAUCUACUAACAGAUGGAUCUGUCUAAAGAAAGCCGUGAGGAUCUGACCUUUAUGUAAUGUACAUGAAGCUGAAUAAAGAUAUAAAAACGUUCCAUUAGAUCUGUGGGUUCGGGCGACUGCAGACACGGCAGAUUUGUUACAGACAUUUCGGUCUCAUUCCUCUGAAUGGAGCCGGCAGAAAAUCAUCAACUUGAUAAUUGGAACAAAUUUUUUAAGAUUUAGAAAUUUCUCUAAGAAAUCCAACAAUCUUUUUCUGCAUCAAAAUAACAGAACAUUAACCCAUAGAGGACCCUCACCAUACAUGUACGGCGCUGGUGGACGUGAAUUAAGGACUAGCACAGUACAUGUAUGGCGGGCUGAUCGGGCGGCUGCAGGAGCUGCUCCCGCCGAUCAGCAGCACAGACCCGGCAGUCACUGACAGCCGGGCCCCUGCUGCAUACUCCGGCAUCCGUGAAAACACUGAUGCCAGUGUAUUAACCCCUUGCAUGCCAUGGUCAAAGCUGGUUUGCAGAGGGUACGGGUUCCCUC